UGGUGUGCAGUGGUGGUGAUUUUAAUUUGCCGCCUUCGGUUGUUCAUAUUAAGUAGUUAAUACAUAUUACCUGAAUCAUUGAAUACUUAUCGGAGGACUAGUUCUUUUUCUUAGAGCCUUAAACAAUUUCUUUGUCCGCACGUCCCGAAAAACCAUCAAAAUGUUUUGGGGACUGAUAAUGGAACCAAACAAACGGUACACCCAAGUGGUGGAGAAGCCGUUCCACAUCUCCCAGGCGGCGCUGGACAUCUCUACGGGUGACAACGAUGCCUGCCAAGUGAUGGUGGUGGUGGAAGGCAAGAACUUCCUUGUGUGCACACUGCAGAAGAAUAAGUACAUCCAGGUGCCACUCGACCUGUACUUCAAGACUGGAGACAAUGUUUCGUUUUUGACAAAUGGUAAGGGUAAAUGCAAUGUUCACUUGACUGGAUAUCUGGACCCUGAGUAUGAGGAUGAGGAGGGUUCAGAGGAAGAAGAGGAAGAGGAAGAAGCCCCAGCACUUGUCCCCGCUAAGAACAAAAGGAAACUAGACAAUGCUAUCGAAGGCACUGCCAGCAAGAAGGCUAAGCAAGAUAAGAAAGCAGCCAAGAAAGAAGAGCCAGCCGACAGCUCAGAUUCUGAUGAUGAUGGUGUGGACCAGCUGCAGAAGUUUUUAGAGGGAGAGGACAUUGACACAGAUGAAAAUGAUGAUUCUUUCAAAGUCAACACAUCUGCUGAAGCGGGUUCAGAUAGUGAGGAAGAAGAGUCAGAUGAUGAAGAGGGUGAAGAGGAAGGAGAAGAUGAGGAAGAGGAAGAUGAUGAGGAGGAGGAGUCCGACAAAGCAGACACAACUAUGGACACCAGUAAAGAGGAGACAGAGGUUGACACUUCCAAACUCACAAAGUCACAGAAGAAACGACUGAAGAAGAAGCUGCGAGAACAAAAACAGAAGCAGGCCGAACCUCUAGUGAAUGGGAUUGAUAAAGCAAAAAAAGAAAAACCUGCUGAACAACAAAAGGCUAAAAAAGAGAAGGGUGAAGCAAAGAAGGACGCACAACCAGUUGAGAAAAAAGAAAAGAAAUCCCUGAGUGGUGGAGUUUCUAUUGAAGACUUGAAAGUGGGGUCUGGACCUGUGGCUAAGCCUGGCAAAGUGGUCAUGGUGUACUACGAGGGCAAGUUGAAGCAGAACAACAAGAUGUUUGACAACUGCCAGAAGGGUCCCGGGUUCAAGUUCAAGCUGGGUGCUAAGGAGGUGAUUUCUGGCUGGGAUGUUGGUGUCGCUGGCAUGAAGGUUGGCGGCAAAAGAAAGAUCAUCUGUCCGCCCGCUAUGGCGUACGGCGCUAAAGGAUCCCCGCCAGUUAUCCCACCAAACUCAACUCUAGUCUUUGAAGUAGAGUUAAAAAAUGUUAAAUAAACUGACCACGAUUGAAUUUACUGUGUCAAAGACAUUGCAACAAGUUGUUUGAUAAUAAUUAAUUGGAUUGCCAUCAGGCUAAAGCACGCCUACUUAGUUAAUAUGGCGUACUUACAAAAUAAGAAUUAAUUUUUUUUUAAUUAUGUAUCCUACUAUUCAUAAUUAUCUACUUUUGUAAGUGUUUCAUAUUAAUUGUUUACUUGUAAGUUAGCAUUGUAAGAUUAUUCUGUAAGGUGGACAUUUAGUUAAUACAUAUUGGUGCACAAGCAAUGUUCAUCAACUAAUAAUGUUCAAACAUGCACCUAUAUAUUUUUUUAUUUCCCUACUUAGUGUUUGCCAUCUAUUUUUUUAGUAAUAAAUUCAUAAUUAUGUUCAUUCCACAGUUUUUAUGACCAAAUUUUAAAAUUUAAUCACUCAUUCAAGUCUUCAUUAUCUAAAGUUUUAGAUAUCAGAUAUCAGGAUUAUCAAAAUAUUAACUUGAUUUUGACUAAUUUUUCAUUUACUAUAGAAUAUUUUAAUUGCAAUAUUUAGGCAGCCAGUAAUAAAAUUUUAAGAGUCCUAACUUUGAUUUGUUGAUUGUAGUUAGCUAGAUUUUUUAAAUAAUUUUAUUAUAUUCUACUUUCUGCAUUUGUUUUUAAAUAUCCAUUGCAACAACCAAUUCAGAAGUUGGGAGGAAAUAAAACAAUAUAAUAAUCUAGCUACAUACCUUUAUUACUUUGUAAAAUUUUAAAUGUUAUUACCAAUAAGUAAAUAAAAUAAAUAUUCCAGUGAAAUAA